AAGAAUAGAGAGACAGAAGAAGAAUUUGGGCUCUUAUGACUGCGUGUAGUUGCGUUCCUUCUUUUUCUCUAUUGAGCACUCGCACUUUGGGACUCACUGCUUCGUACUAUUCUUCUUUCUCUUUCCCCUCUUACCGGAAAAUAAGCUGCAUGGACGCCGCCGGCUUAGAUUCCGAUGGCCGUGAAUUCAAAACCCCCGAUGACAUGUGGAGGGAACAGGCGGGUGACCCUAGCAAGAAGACCCAGUGGUAUCGCGACGGCGUCUCCUACUGGGAGGGUGUUAAGGCAAAUAUGGAUGGGGUAUUGGGAGGGUUUGCAAAUGUGAACGAGCCUGACAUAACUUGCAGUGAGGAUUUCUUGAACAUUCUCUUCUCUGAACGUUUUCAUGCUGCCAAUGCCAGAACCACAAUCUGA